CCAUUCUCUCACUAUUGACUUUAAAACUUAAAUCAACACAAACAAAUCACAAUAUAUUCUUAUGCCUAUAAAACAUGCUUUCUCACUUCUCGCAACAAUUUCCAAUUCAAAAACUUAGCCAUGGCUGUGGAUGUUUGCUCCUCCUCUGAGGUUCUCAUAAGCCCAAGAAUCUCAUUCUCUAAUGAUCUCAAAGACACAUCAUCAACUGAUAUCAACUCUAUCUACUUAGAUACAACAAUCAACCCGACCCGAUCAGACCAGUUAUUAUUGUCACCAACUUUCGAUUUUAGUUUUUGUACCACCACGAAUCUCACACCGGCUGAUGAACUCUUUUCAAAUGGCAAAAUCCUUCCUACUCAACUCAAAAAAUCACAAAGUACUAAAAUCAAUGAUCCAUUGGCAAAACCAACAAAAAGCCCAAAUUCGACAAUUCAAAAGAAACCACUUAAGGAGUUCAUAUUUCAUGAAGAAAAAGAAUGUGAUCGUGAUCAAGAACAAGAACAAGAACAAGAACACGAGAAAACUACAUCAAGAUCAUUUUGGCAAUUCACACGAAGUGUGAGCCUUAAUUGUGACAAUGGUAAGGGUCCAAAAGGGUUGCUUAGAUCAUUAUCUAUUAAAAGUUUGUCACGAAGCAAUUCAACCGGGUCAGCUUUGAAUCCAAAGACGAAUACGGGUCCAAAAAUCGUGGAGAAAUCCAAAGAGUCCAUGUUUUUAAGAAGGUGUGCUAGCUUAAAUCAACCACCACCUUCUUCUUCUCAUGUUUAUUACACUUUUCGAAAUUCAAAUACUACUUCAAAGACUUGCAAAGGAGGAAUUAGAAUUUCUCCUGUUUUGAACAUCCAACCUGCUUUUUUUGGGUUUGGUUCAUUUUUUUGUAAUGGAAAAGUUAAAAAGAAAACAAAAUCUUAAGACUAUA